GCUUUUAUUAACGCAUGUUGGUACUGUUCAUGGACCAGCUGCGCCCCUGUGCUGCAUCGUUCCGUGUUAUAUCUCUGUGCUGUGGUCUGCAGUCUAUCGCUCACGACGUGGACAAAGCCCGUUGCCGCCGCUCACCACGCGACGUAUAAACUCAACAUAGCCUUUGCAGACAGGGAAAACGGCCAAGAUGUUCAAUCAACGCAAGUUCUCCAUGAACCGGAACACGGGCGAGCCCCGUCCCGCCCGUCGGUUCAGCACCAGUGAACCCAGUGGUGGCGAAACCACAUCCAAGAUCCACAGGCAGUUCAGAGCUGCCCACGAGGGUCACUUGCCGCACGCCGGCCUCGAUGCGAGCAGAUCCAGCACCGGAGUCGUCUGGUGCACGGAGCGCGCCGCCGAGUACGGCUUUCUCGAGGAGCCGGAAAAGUGGGCCAAUCUCGGCCAGGGUGCCCCCGAAGUCGAGGACGAGAUCGAGGGUUGCUUCCCCCGUCCCAACACAAUCGACAUCUCUGUUGCCAACAGAGAGUAUGGUCCUACAGCGGGAAUCAAGCCCCUCCGCGAGGCUGUCGCCCAUAUGUACAAUGAAACCCAUCGCCAGGGCAAGGAAAGCCAGUAUACCUGGGAAAACGUCGCCAUUGUCCCCGGUGGCCGUGCCGGUCUGAUCAGAAUCGCCGCCGUCCUCAACAACGCCUAUGUUGGCUUUUUCAUACCUGAUUACUCAGCAUACAAUGAAAUGCUGUCUUUAUUCAAGAAUUUCGCCGCUAUCCCUACGCCCCUUUCCGAAGAGGAUGGCUACCACAUUCAUCCUGACGCGAUCGCUACGGAAAUUGCCAGGGGCACAUCGGUCAUUCUCACCUCCAACCCUCGCAACCCCACUGGUCGAGUUGUUGCCAACCCUGAACUGGCUGAGAUCCAGGAUCUCUGCCGUGGCCGUGCCACUCUCAUCAGUGACGAGUUCUACAGUGGCUACAACUACACCAGCAACUGUGAUGGUAGCACCAUCUCGGCUGCUGAGAACAUUGAGGACGUUGACGAAGAUGACGUUCUUAUCAUCGAUGGUCUGACGAAGCGAUUCCGUCUUCCUGGCUGGCGUAUUGCGUGGAUUCUGGGCCCCAAAGAGUUCAUCAAGGCGAUCGGCUCUUGCGGUUCCUACCUUGAUGGCGGUGCCAAUGCUCCUUUCCAGGAGGCUGCCAUUCCCAUGCUCGAGCCUAGCCUUGUCAAGACAGAAAUGAUUGCCCUUCAGAAGCACUUCCGUGACAAGAGAGACUACGUCAUCAAGCGACUCCGUGACAUGGGCUUCGUGAUCAAAUACGUGCCCGACAGCACUUUCUACCUGUGGCUGAACCUCGAGGGUCUCCCUGGCCCCAUCUCUGAUGGUCUGAACUUCUUCCAGGCUUGUCUGCAAGAGAAGGUCAUUGUCGUGCCGGGCAUCUUCUUCGACUUGAACCCUGCUCGCCGCCGCGACCUCUUCGACAGUCCCUGCCACCACUUCAUUCGCUUCUCCUACGGUCCCAAGAUGGAAACUCUCAAGAAGGGAUGUGAUGGCAUUGAGAGAGUUGUCAACAAGUUCAGAAAGGCCUGAUUUCUUCGCCUUGGUAUCCAUAGAUCAGAGCAAGUGACUCGGUGGAUGGUUUUAUUAACGGCCCGGGUUAGUUGUGGUAGACCUAGAAUAUUGGGGAAUCUCACUUGCAUAACUUUGAAGUCGUCGAAGGCACAACUGAAAACCCCUAUUGACAUAAGUCAGAAGUCAUGGCGCAAGGAUUAAGAAAGACACACGUAUUGGUCACAAUCUUGAGUUUCACUUGCUUUGAGUGAAUCAGAGACCCUUGGGAUGAACGGUACACACCGAGGAGAGUCUGUUAGUUGCUUUUGUCAUGCAGCCCAAAAACAAAUACACU